AUGACGAUAUACAUUUGGCGCCCACGUUGGGACCCAGGUGUUCUCUGGCGGGUGAAAGUGAUUGCCCCCAGAACUUCGCCCCACAGGCGUCGGCACUCCAAAAGAGAUGAGGACAUCUCAUUCUCUGGAGAGGGACAAUGUGGUAGUAUGACGGGGUUUCAUCUAGCCCUAGUUCUUCUGCAUACGGCACAAGGAGAGACCCAGACAGGAAGUUGCAAAGACAUGUUACAGGGCUACCUGACAGGACAACUAUCGUCUGCUCUUGGAGUAUACCAAGUAGAAGCUCUGAGGCGGGAAUUCAAAAGCUUCACUGAUCUCAUUGAGAAAUCUUUGAAGGAGUUCAAGGAGAAAGUGAACAUCAGAUCCAGAAUAAAGAACAUAAACAACAAAAGCAUUGAAUAUACAAGAUGGGGGAAGAAGAUAUGUCCCUCAAACGCAAAAUUAGUUUAUUCCGGAUUCGUCGGAGGAUCAUAUUAUACGCAUACAGGAGCAGCCGUAGAACCUCUUUGUUUACCGAGGGAUCCAGAAUGGGGGAUCUACAGGGAUGGAAAUGAUGGAACCAAGGCUUGUGUUUACGGAGCAGAAUACAUUUUAACAAACACAUUAAAGGGUCGCUUUACUUCACUUCAGUACCAUGAUGUACCCUGUGCUGUGUGCCUUGCUCAAAAUAGAUCCAUUGUAAAAAUGUUCCCAGCAAGAAAAACCUGUUACAAAGGCUGGAAUCUCGAGUACCAGGGUUACCUAAUGGCUGGAUGUUAUGGUCAUGCAGCUGGUACAACAUACAAGUGUGUAGAUGAGAAUCCAGAUACCUUGCACGGUGGUCAAGCUGCAAAACACGGCUAUCUAUUUUAUUUUGUAGAGGGUUGCUGUGGUUCAUUGAAAUGUCCACCAUAUGUUGAUGGGAGAGAACUUGUUUGCGCUGUCUGUUCCAAGAAGUAA